AUGAAGAGCAUUUCUUCGCAGGUGUCUCGUGGAUUCGAUUUAAAUGUGGCGGAGAGAGCUGGGUACGUGGACAUGGACACGGGCAAUUUGGUUGGAGAUGGUUGUUGUUUCUAUGAGCUAGUCACUGCCGUGGUUGGUUCUGCGCAAGAUGUGCGUGACGGCAUUGGCCACCCUCUGGAGCUGGUCGUUGCUAUACCGAAAUUCAUGUAUGACCGCGAGAAGGAUGAGGUUAGUAGUUAUCGUUGGUUCGAUGCUCCGAACCGAAUGCAGCUCAAGGGUAACUCCGUAGUAAAUUGGAAAGCCGGGAUCCAUGUAUGGACCACGUUCGUCGAGUCAGCCACUGACAGAAUUCUUCGCGAUCGUCUUUUUCUAUUGGAUCCGCAAAAAGUUUCCAAGAUCCAAUCUGACUUAAUGAAUGACCUAGCCGGCCCUUACGUCCGUGCUGUAAAGGAGCAUAGGAAAAUAAAGAACUGUCAACGUAAACCACUAAGUAUUAAAUUUACCAGUCGUCAAAAAAUAGACGUCGAAUGCUUCUGGAAUGGAUCGCAAACCAUGACACAAACAUUGGCGUUAACCACACCACCGUCGACAACCACAUCGUCGUUAACCACGGUCAAGGAGGAGCAGUGGAGCGCGAUAGACAUGGUUCCACCAUACUCGGAGGACAAUGAACGAUUCCUGUUUGGUAUCCGAGGAACUUCUAAAUCCGACCUCCGCUAUCGGGGCCAACGACGAAGAAGAAGCUCUAACGGGUCAGGUUAG